AUGCCUGGGUUCGACUUCUCAAACCAUACCCGCAAUGCGGCACUACACGCAAGAGGCGUCCCUCUACCCAGGGCGACAAGUACGGGAACUACGAUUGUGGGAUGUAUAUUUGAUGGAGGCGUAGUUAUUGCUGCAGAUACCAGAGCAACCAGCGGUCCCAUAGUAGCGGACAAGAACUGCGAGAAGCUGCAUUACAUCGCACCCCAGAUUUGGUGUGCAGGUGCCGGAACCGCCGCUGACACCGAGUUCACCACUGCCCUCAUCUCCUCACAACUCGAGCUGCACUCGCUUUCCACAGGCCGCAAACCCCGAGUCGUUACAUGCAUGACGAUGCUCAAACAGCACCUCUUCAGAUACCAAGGACAUAUCGGCGCAUAUCUCGUCGUUGCCGGUGUCGACCCCACAGGCGUUGGGUUGUUCACCGUCCACGCACAUGGUAGCACAGACAAGCUUCCCUAUGUGACGAUGGGCAGUGGCUCACUCGCAGCCAUGUCUGUUUUCGAAACGAAAUGGAAGUCGCAGUUGACCGAGCAGGAGGCUAUCGAUUUAGCAGCCGAGGCCAUCAUGGCUGGUAUCUUCAACGAUCUGGGAUCUGGUUCGAAUGUUGAUGUUGCGAUCGUGAAGAAGGACAAGACGACACUGAAGAGAGGAUAUAUCAAGCCUAAUGAGCGGACUAAGAAGCAGAAGAGCUACAUCUUCAAGAGGGGCACGACGGCGGUGUUGAACGAGAAGAUUAUCACCAAGGAGGAGAUUAGCAAGUACGUGACGGUUCAGGAGUUGGAUGGUGGGGAGACUGUGUUGGGUGAGAAGAUGGAUCUAGAUGUUUAA